AUGUCCUCAUUGACGAAGAUCUGCCGCAAUACCUUCUCCCUUGUCAUUACCGGUAAUGUUUGUAGCGCACAAGUUGAUUUUCAACUACAUCUGCCGACACAAAAUGGGCUGUUGGCUAACGGCUUCGCGCUGGUGUGUACAUCGAAUUGCGUAGUCAUCAGUGAUAUCGUCGUUCGUAACUCGCAAGCGAAUUCGCUGUCAUAG